ACGUACGCCUUAUAUUAAUACUGUACACGCAAGAGAAGAUGACGUCACGAGAAAGAUCGUUUUAGAGAGAAGCUGCGACGGAUACGUAGGAGAAGAGGAAGAAGAAGAGAAUGGCGGCGAAUGAAGAAGCUAUGAAGUAUGUAUGGGAAGGAGCAAUUCCGCUGCAGAUUCAUCUCCACAAAUCCGAAGUCGCUUCUCACCCUGCUCCUCCUCCUGCUCUCGUGUUAGCACCAAGGAUAGGGUACUUGCCUCUGUUAGUUCCUCUGAUAAAGCCUUACUUCAAGGAUUCACUUCCUCCUGGUGAAGACUCAAUCUGGUUCGAUUACAAAGGCGUUCCUCUUAAAUGGUAUAUACCAACAGGUGUUCUCUUCGAUCUCUUAUGCGCUGAACCUGAAAGACCUUGGAAUCUCACUAUACACUUUAGGGGAUAUCCGAGCAACGUACUCAUUCCAUGUGAAGGAGAAGAUUCUGCCAAGUGGAACUUUGUUAACUCUUUGAAAGAGGCGGCAUAUAUUAUCAAUGGAAACUGCAAGAAUGUUAUGAAUAUGUCUCAGAGUGAUCAAGAGGAUCUGUGGACUUCUGUCAUGAACGGUGAUCUUGAUGCCUACACAAGGUUAUUACCCAAGCUUAAAAUGGGAAAUAUCGAAGAUGAGUUUUCAAGAAAAGAAAGUUUGUCAUCUCCAGUAUCUCGACAAGGUGGUGGGACUGAGAUAGAUGUGGCUGGACAAGUUAAGACAGCAAGGAUUCCUGUUAGGCUGUAUGUUCGAAGUGUAAGUCAAAAUUUCGAGAAUCUUGAAGAUGUGCCUGAGAUCGAUACAUGGGAUGAGAUUUCGUACAUGAAUCGCCCUGUUGAGUUCCUGAAAGAAAAAGGGAAAUGCUUUACUCUACGUGACGCUAUUGAAAGUCUCCUCCCGGAGUACAGUGGAGACAGAGCUCAAACGAGUGGAGAAGAAGAAGCAGAUGGGUCGCAGGAGACGAGGGGAGAAAUCAAGCUGGUAAGGAUACAAGGGAUAGAAUUGAAACUAGAGAUACCGUUUUCAUGGGUGGUAAACAACUUGAUGAACCCAGAAUUCUAUCUCCACAUCUCUGUUCUUGUGAUAGGUCCUCAAAGGUAAAAACUAGUAAGGCUCUGCAUCUACAAUCGACCUGUGAAUAGACCAAAUUGAUUUCUCGUUUGUUUUUUUAUAAGCCAAAAGCAUCAACUAUUUGUUAUAUACAUAUAAUGAUCCAACAUGUUUCAACA